UCGACGCUUAGAAAAUGAAGUUGUAAAUUUUAUUGAUCAAGUAACUAGAUCUAUCAUUAAUAACAAAGUUGAUUAUUGUUAGAUCUAGCCCCAAAUAAGCUAAACGCAUUCUUUUAAAAAUGUCAGAUGCGUGGAAUGACAUUCAAGCUCUUAAAAAUCGCCAAAGCGACAUUAGAGCUAGAAUGCGCGAACGUCGCAUUCAGCGAGAAGGUUUGGCCGCCGAACUUGCUACUGCAACAAAUUCUGCAACAGCAACUGUACAAGCUGCUGCUUUAACGGAUCAGUCCAUCUCAAAUACUUUGGUCAAGCCUAUUGUAGCAGCUACAACAGCAAGUCCAAUCAAAACAGCACACAGAGAGGCUGUCCGAGUGGCUGCUGAUCCUGAGGUUGAGAAGAAACUUUUAAUGGUUCUUUGUGAUAUCAGCCUGGAUAUUCCAUCCGAUUCUAAGGUGAUUACUGAACACACAUCAAGACUGAUGGAGAGGGAAGUUGACUUUAAACUGGUUGAAGAGCUUUUAAAAAAAUUUGCAAUGCAAAAACUUAUCAGCAUUAAAUUUUCAGAAAUUUCAUCUGAUUUGAUAGUCAGCUCUUUGGAUUUGAGUAAGCUUUCUGAUGUAACAAAGGGACAAGCAAAAAAAAGGAGAAAAGACAGUGAUGAUGAUGAUGAAGAGGAGCUUCUCCCCAAACAAUCCAAGUCAGUAGCUCCAGAAUCCGGUGACAUUGAGACUUUGCUAUCCAUGCAAUCCACUAAAGAAAGGGAGGAGAAAAAGAUAAAUGAAGAAAUACAAGAGCUUUUAGUUACCCAGACAGCAAAGGAACAAUAUUUGGUGGAAAAGUUCAAAUCCAGAGGAGGCCCUCAGUUACAAGAGUUCUGCCAGUAUGGAACUAGAGAAGAAUGUCAAAGAACUGGGCCUGACGGGGCUGUUUGUAAAAGGCUGCAUUUCAAGAAAAUUAUCAACAAGCAUACAGACGAAUCUCUUGGUGACUGCUCCUUUUUAAACACCUGUUUUCACAUGGAGACAUGUAAAUAUGUCCACUAUGAGAUUGACUACCCACCAAAAAAACUUCCCUCCACUGAGCUGAUGAAGAAAGAAGCCUCACUGGGUAAAAUAGUCACAGAAAUGGGAGAUAACACUAGCGUUCAUAUGUUUCCCCCUCAGUGGAUCCAGUGUGACCUGCGCUACUUUGACAUGUCAACACUGGGUAAAUGUGCUGUGGUCAUGGCUGAUCCCCCCUGGGACAUCCACAUGGAGCUGCCCUAUGGCACCAUGGGAGACAAUGAGAUGAGGCAGCUAGACAUCCCAGGACUUCAAGACGAUGGCUUUAUUUUCCUCUGGGUCACUGGCAGAGCUAUGGAAUUGGGAAGAGAAUGUCUGGAGCUAUGGGGAUACAAGAGAGUAGAUGAGAUCAUAUGGGUCAAAACUAACCAGCUGCAAAGAAUCAUUCGCACGGGAAGAACAGGACACUGGAUUAAUCAUGGCAAGGAACAUUGUCUGGUUGGUGUGAAGGGCAACCCUAAAGGAGUCAACAAGGGCAUGGAUUGUGAUGUUAUAGUCGCGGAGGUCCGCGCCACUAGCCACAAACCUGAUGAAAUCUAUGGCAUUAUAGAACGUCUUUCCCCUGGUACCAGGAAAGUUGAGCUGUUUGGUAGACCACACAAUGUACAGCCUAAUUGGAUCACACUAGGCAACCAGCUGGAGGGUGUCAGGUUAAAGGAUCCAGACAUUGUCAAAUUGUUCAGAGAGAAGUACCCUGAUGGCAACUGUAUGGGACCUCCACAGAAGAGAUAGUCUCCUGUCAGUUAGGGAAGUGGUCAAAACCUAGAGAGGAUGAAACACUGUGAAUAUAACUGCAAGUGGUCAACUCCACUGAUGGUUAACUGAUUAUUAGAAGGAAAAUAAGAAAACCCAUGGGUGGUUAUAAGCUUUGUUGAAAAUUGGGGGAAAAACCAAUUGAUAGGAAUCAAGAUAACAGGGAAAAAAUGAUGCACUAUUUUUAUGUAGAAGUCAGUUUGGUAAUGGAUGAUUGUACUACAAAGCAAUAAGAAAAUGUGUCAAAAUCUACUCAGAGGUAGCCAGUUAUUUUGUUCAGCCUCAGUAUUUACUAGACUUACCAAGUGUACCCUGGGACAUUAGUAACAAACUCUUAUAAAAACAAAGUUGGUACAGAAAUAAAAGAAACUGCUAAAUAAGACGGAACAAGGUGGCAUUGAUUCAGCAUUUUAUUCCAAAAGUUGUCUAAAAAUUUAACUUCAAAUUUGCAAUGUUUUAAAUUGCAUAUUCAAUUUAUUUUAAACAUGUAUAUCACAAUGGUAAAAAAAAAGAGACAGUUCAACCCCACAGGCCUAGAGCGUAGUGACUGUAUAGCAUGAAUGUGUUACUUUUGUCAGUUGUAAUUUACAACAAAUGUGGCUGCCACAUGCAAAGUCUCAAUCUCACAGACUUGCCAUUUGUACAAAGGUUUCAUAUGAUAUGUAACUUAACAUAAACUUGGACCAGAAGGCUCUGAACCAUGAGUUCAGUGAAUUAAAUUUUGAUGUAUAUUAAUUUUUUCUUUACUACUUGUUCAUUCUGUAUUUUUAUGUGGCCUAAAAUGUAUAUAAAAUGUCCAAAUUUUUUGUCAAAAUGAUAUUGAAGUCAUUCUUUGUGAAGAGUUCUAGCUUUAGUGUCAAAUUUUAAAAGAAUUUUGUAAUAAAAUAUU